GUUCUGCCUAGAAAUCACAGAGUGUCCUUGUCACCCAUCAGCAACACAGCUGACUCUGGCCUGCCUGAGAUUUGGAUCGUGGUUUCUGGUGCUAAGACCGUGAAGUUAUGAAGAUGGAGAAGGAGAAGGCUGGAGUAGGGAAGCUGGACCCUGCUAACUAUAGGAGGAGAUGUCAGGAUCAGGAAGGCUGCCGUUCCAUCCACAUUGGGCUUUCAGUCCCCAGUUACACUCAAAGGAAAAGAGACCAGCAGGGACAUCUUUCAGGCCAGCAAAAGGUCUGGGGCCGGUGGCCGGACAAGCCCCAGCGGGAACUGACAGGCAUGGGGAACAGGGGAAGCAGCCAGGACGGCAGCGCGGAUCAUGUCAGCAGGACCCGGUCUCCAGCUGCUGAGCAGCUCCAGGACAUCCUGGGGGAGGAAGAUGAGGCUCCCAACCCCACCCUCUUCACAGAGAUGGACACUCUACAGCAUGAUGGAGACCAGAUGGAGUGGAAGGAGUCAGCCAGGUGGAUAAAGUUUGAAGAAAAGGUGGAGGAAGGAGGCGAACGCUGGAGUAAGCCCCAUGUGGCCACACUGUCCCUGCACAGCCUGUUCGAGCUCCGGACCUGCCUGCAGACAGGAACAGUGCUGCUUGAUUUGGACAGCGGCUCCUUACCACAGAUCAUAGAUGAUGUCAUUGAGAAGCAAAUUGAGGACGGCCUCCUGCGGCCAGAGCUCCGGGAAAGGGUCAGCUAUGUCCUCCUGAGGAAACACCGUCACCAGACCAAAAAGCCCAUCCACCGCUCCUUGGUUGACAUCGGAAAGUCGGUCUCCUCCACCAGCAAUCGCAGCCCCGCGCGGAGCCCUGCAGCGGUGCCCAGCCUGCACCACUCCACCGAGGACCUGAGGAUGCGGCAGGGCGCCAGUUAUGGCCGUCUGUGUCACGCCCAGAGCAGAAGCAUGAAUGAUAUUUCUCGCACUCCAAGCACUGACCAGCGGAAAAACAAAUUCAUGAAGAAGAUCCCCAAGGACUCAGAAGCCUCCAACGUGCUCGUGGGCGAGGUGGACUUCCUGGACCAGCCCUUCAUCGCCUUUGUGCGUCUGAUCCAGUCGGCCAUGCUGGGAGGAGUGACCGAGGUGCCCGUCCCCACCAGAUUUCUGUUCAUAUUGCUGGGACCUUCUGGGAGAGCAAAGUCCUACAAUGAAAUUGGCCGUGCAAUUGCAACCCUCAUGGUAGACGAUCUCUUCAGCUACGUGGCCUAUAAAGCCCGCAAUCGGGAAGAUCUGAUCGCAGGGAUUGACGAGUUCCUGGAUGAGGUAAUCGUCCUUCCCCCUGGAGAAUGGGACCCGAAUAUCCGAAUUGAGCCCCCCAAGAAGGUGCCGUCUGCGGACAAGAGGAAAUCUGUGUUCUCCCUGACUGAGCUAGGCCAGAUGAACGGCUCCGUGGUAGGAGGUGGUGGAGCGGCUGCAGGAGGUGGCGCUGGAGGUGGCGCUGGCGGCGGUGGUGGUGGGGUCAGCGGCGGAGGGAACAGCGGGAAUGACAAAGAGAUGCCAGCCAUGCAUGAAGUCGGAGAAGAGCUUAUCUGGACAGGAAGGUUCUUCGGUGGCCUGUGUCUGGAUGUCAAGAGGAAGCUGCCCUGGUUCCCAAGUGAUUUCUAUGAUGGCUUCCACAUUCAGUCCAUCUCUGCCAUCCUCUUCAUCUACCUCGGCUGCAUCACCAACGCGAUCACCUUUGGUGGGCUUCUGGGGGAUGCCACUGACAAUUACCAGGGAGUGAUGGAGAGCUUCCUGGGCACUGCCAUGGCUGGAUCCUUGUUCUGCCUCUUCUCGGGACAGCCUCUCAUCAUUCUCAGCAGCACAGGGCCCAUCCUCAUCUUCGAGAAGCUCCUCUUCGACUUUAGCAAAGGCAAUGGCCUGGACUACAUGGAGUUCCGCCUCUGGAUUGGCCUGCACUCAGCCAUGCAGUGCCUCAUCCUGGUGGCCACGGACGCCAGCUUUAUCAUCAAGUAUAUUACCCGCUUCACCGAGGAGGGCUUCUCCACCCUUAUCAGCUUCAUCUUCAUCUAUGAUGCCAUCAGGAAGAUGAUCGGCGCCUUCAAAUUCUACCCCAUCAACAUGGACUUCAAGCCCAACUCCAUCACCACCUACAGAUGCGAGUGUGUCGCUCCGGACACAGCAAAUACAACUGGGUUCAAUGCUUCAGCCCUGCUGCCACCAAACACCAACACUUCUCUGUACAACCCCCUUAACCUCACAGAGCUGGACUGGUCCCUGCUGAGCAAGAAGGAGUGUCUGAACUAUGGUGGGCGCCUACUGGGGAAUUCCUGCCAGUUCAUCCCAGAUCUGGCACUCAUGUCCUUCAUCCUUUUCUUCGGGACAUACUCCAUGACCUUGACCCUGAAAAAGUUCAAAUUCAGCCGCUAUUUCCCUACCAAGGUCCGGGCUCUGAUAGCUGACUUUUCCAUUGUCUUCUCCAUCCUGCUGUUCUGUGGAAUCGACGCCUGUUUCGGGCUGGAAACCCCCAAACUGCAUGUGCCCAGUGUCAUCAAGCCCACGCGGCCAGACCGAGGCUGGUUCGUGGCCCCCUUCGGGAAGAACCCAUGGUGGGUGUACCUGGCAAGCAUCCUGCCCGCCCUGCUGGUGACCAUCCUGAUCUUCAUGGACCAGCAGAUCACAGCCGUUAUCGUCAACCGGAAGGAGAACAAGCUGAAGAAGGCUGCUGGCUACCACCUGGACCUGUUCUGGGUGGGCAUCCUCCUGGCCCUGUGCUCCUGCAUGGGGCUCCCCUGGUACGUGGCCGCCACAGUCAUCUCCAUCGCCCACAUCGACAGCCUCAAGAUGGAAACGGAGACCAGCGCCCCUGGGGAGCAGCCCCAAUUCCUGGGGGUCAGGGAACAGAGAGUGACGGGCACCAUCGUCUUCGUCCUGACAGGGAUCUCCGUCUUCCUGGCUCCUGUCCUGAAGUACAUCCCCAUGCCCGUGCUCUACGGAGUCUUCCUCUACAUGGGCGUGGCCUCCCUGAAUGGCAUCCAGUUCUGGGAACGCUGCAAGCUCUUCCUGAUGCCAGCCAAGCACCAGCCGGACCACGCCUUCCUGCGGCACGUGCCCCUGCGCCGGAUUCACCUCUUCACCCUCGUGCAGAUGCUCUGCCUGGCGGUGCUCUGGAUCCUUAAGUCCACCAUGGCUGCCAUCAUCUUCCCUGUCAUGAUCCUGGGCCUCAUCAUUGUCCGAAGGCUGCUGGACCUUAUCUUCUCCCAGCACGAUCUGGCCUGGAUUGACAACAUCCUCCCAGAGAAGGAGAAAAAGGAGACGGAUAAGAAGAAAAAGAGAAGGAAAGGGGCCCAUGAGGACAAUGAAGAGGAGGAAAAAGAUCUUCCAGUUGGAGUUACUCAUUCUGAUUCUUCCUUCAGUGACUCAGACCUUGACCGAAGCAUCACCUUGCACUUCAAAAUUUCCUGUCCAGCUUCACCUGCUUUCAGCUACUCACAGAGCCCCGUGUUCAUGGUGCCACAGAUGAAGAUAGAAAUGGAGUCAGACGGUGACUUCCCAGACGUGGACAUAUAUGGAAGAGAAGGGGCCGGCGAGACCACCCUCUAGGACACAGUGUCCCCCAGAUGGAGCUCAGAGGUAGGGCAUGGUUUAGUCUUCUCUGUGAGGGUCUGGGCCACAGCCCUGCACUUGUCUGAGCUUGUUUCCUUAUUUACCGGACAGACUGAGUCAUUAUCCCACUUGAUAGAAAAGGAGAUGUCAAUGAAAAGUACCACUAAGGGGCAAAACUCUCAUCUUCCCUUUGUAGUUAUGAAAACAACUAAAGCUAAAUGUUAUACCUUAUUUUCAAAUACAGUCCAGCAUUGCAAUUAUAACAUUUCUUUUGAAAUGAAAAAAAUGCUUGACUCCCAAAGCUGUAGUUAAGAUAAAGGGGCAAUAGUCAAUUUUUAUUUAAGUGAUCAGUUGAGAAUUUUUUUAAAGGUUAGAUUUUAAAGUGUCUAGAUGAUCUUGAAAGAACUCUUAAAAUACUCGUACUUCAAUAGAGCAAGGUUGGAAACUGUUUUGCAAUUUUGCAUAUUAUGCAAUGCUUAAAGGUCCUAUCUUUUCUCUCCGUCUCAUUCUGUUUGCUAAGGGUUGUAUGAAAAGUUUAAACCACCUGCAUUUGGGUCUUGCUCUACCAGAAGUUUGACUGGGACUUUCCCAGAUUGAAAAGCUUGUUCCAAAAGUCUGUUAAUGAAAGAACCAACACAUUUGAGUAGAUAUGCUUUUAAAAUAAACUAGUUCUCGUUAGAGUAAAAUCGCAAACCAUGUUAAAACAACAAAAUGGUCCUUUAAUUACUGGUUUUUCAUGCCCAGAAUCAAAUUUCCUGAUGCAUUUGACUAGGUCCUUCUUGCAAGUUUUCAAUGGCCUCAUUCCCAAAGUCAAACUCCCAUUCACACGAACAGUGCACGUUAGGCAGAGAUGAUGUCAAAUUCUGGAAGAUUAUGACUUUGCAAUAUUAGGCUAUAGUACUUUAAAGGAAUGCUUUGACGCAAGUGGGGUAGAUUAAAACCCAUUACUCAUGAAGCAAACAGUUUCCUCAUGUAAACUGAUGAUGUCUUUAUCUUUGAUCCACGAUUAACAAAUGCAAACCAUGUUUAUUUAGCACCUAGUAUGUGCCUAAUAGCCACAAUGCAUCUGACGUUUACCUUCUCCAAAACUAUGGAUUUGAAUCUUGAGUAAAUCAUUUAGUAAGAGUUACUACAUUUACUCAAGAUGACAAAUGCAGGUGCUUUUUCUUUAUUCCUAUUUUUUAGAGUAGCACAAGUUAAAUGUCUCUCCAAUCCCCAGAGCCUAGAAGUGACUGGUCCAUAGAAAGCUCUCAAUCAACUGUUUUAAAUUAAAUCUCAGAGCUCCCUUCCAAGGGUUACUGCCAAGAGGUAAAGCUCUAAACCUCUAUCACUUCUGAUAGCAGAAUUACUUAGCUGCUCACUAAUCCAGAACCAUCACCUGAGUUUAAGUAUAAAUUCUCUAUCUUCAUCUGAAUCAAUACUGGGAGAGCUAACAGUCUACCCUUAGCAUUUCAGUUUUAAAACUUGGCUAAUUUUCAAUAGCACUUUGUUCAAAUUAAAUUGUAGAAAUGUUAUGGAUUCAGGAGUAAAUGUGCUUGAUUAAUCAAACAAGCUGGAAAACUACAAUGUUAAUUUUUGUUGUUAUAAAUUGAUCACUGUAAUUUUCACCUUAUAUGUCAUUUAUAUUUUGCAUACACAUAAACAUUUUAGUUUUGAUAGCUUUGACAUAUUACUUCUCCAUGCAGUAGGUUGGUACUUUUUUCCACUUGUAACUACAGCUCAAUAAA